AUGAAUGAAUGUAAGUAUCUCAUUCUUAUCUUUCAUUCUCAUUUCUCAAAGUUUAGGGAAAAUGUCAGAGAUUGGUGAGCCAAAUUCAGAGAAAGUUUGUGAAGGUAGUAGUGCUGAGUCUCCUCCAACUACAGCAGCUGGAAAACAACCAGAAGAAGCUGAACCGAAAACCAGUGAAAGAAUCAAAGCAACAAGACAUCCUAGAUGGACAAGACAGGAGACACUUGUUUUGAUUGAGGCAAAGAAGGUGAUUGAGAAUGGAGAUCAUGUUUGCAGAUACCGAUCAUCGACGUCAGGGCUGGUUCAAACCGACCCGAAAUGGGAUUUGGUUUCAUCGUUGUGUCAGCAGCAUGGUGUCAAAAGGGGGGCUGUUCAGUGUAGGAAGAGAUGGGGGAAUCUUCUGACUGAUUUCAGGAAGAUCAAGAAAUGGGAGACGAAUGCGAAGGACGAGGCUGAGUCGUUUUGGAUAAUGAGGAAUGAUGUGAGGAAAGAGAAUAAGUUGCCGGGUUUCUUUGAUGCUGUUGUGUACAAUGUGCUGGAUGGAGGAGUUUGCACUGCUGCUGCGUUUCCGCUGUCGCUGGUCAAGAUGGCGCCGAGUGGGGAGAAUGUUGAUCAAGUUGAAGGUGCAGCUGCUGCUGCCGUGUUGGCGUUAGAGCAGGGUAAUAAAGAGGAUGAAAAUGAAGAGGAGGAGGAUGAGGCUAUUGCUGAUAGUGAGAAAAUGGGUUGGAGCACAGAGGAGGAAAACAUCAUGGAGACAAACACAAAUGGAAAUCUGGUUAUGAGUCCAUUCAAAACACCAAAUCCUAAGAAAACCAAUGUAACAGGGAGUUUCAAAUUGACACCUCCAACAAUCCUACUGCCUAGUUCGGCAGUGAGACAGCAGCAACAGCCAUUUCCCCAAGGGAACUUCAUUCCAGGUUAUCAGAGAGAAGCUAUGUUCAAUGAGGGGUACAAAAGAAAGCGACCAUCACCAGAAAAUUCUGAAGACACCGCAGAUUUUACUGAAGAUGUCAUCAAAGUGCUAAGAAGGAAUAGCAACAUACUGAAAGCCCAUCUUGGAGCUCAGAACAUCAAUACCCAAUUGGCCAGAGACCAGCAGAAGCAGCAAACAGACAGCUUAGUUUCAGCCCUUGGCAGGCUUACAGAUGCUAUCACAAAAAUUGCUGACAAGCUGUAAAAGAAUUUGGAAGAAAAUGAAGUAUUCUUCGGGGGCAUCAGAUAUAUAGUAUCUGUGGACAAGGAUCUUUCAAUCACUGUUAAAUUUGGCACUUCAGUUUAUUGUUAUCAGUUAUUCCCUUAAACUAGUUUUUUUUUUUGCCACAUACCGUUUUAUUUUGGUGAAAACUUCUCUUCAUAUACAUUUGUUGUUAUGAAAUUGAUGUUUAUUCUUUCAA